UUUGAAAUCGGUUUACAGAUCUGGGAUUUUGGAGACAUAUUGUGUAUGUCUUCUUAUUUUUAUACUACAAAUCAAACUCCUAAAAGAGGACAAAAAUAAAAAUUGGCUAACUCUUAGGUAGUCACAGCCACUGCCUGUGAUCUAACGGCUAAGAAAACUAAUUAUUGAUGGAUUCAUAUCUGAAUCUGCUAGCCUAAUCCAUGAACUUUUCAAAUAAAGUAGGGUCUGAUCUUAUUUCUAUUGUGCUUUGUCGAUUCGAAUGGUUUUUUUUUUCUGGAUUAAGUGUUGGAAUUGUGUAUUUCUGAAACUUUGUUUUGGUAAGCUCUACAUGUAUAAGAGAUUAAAUUCUUGAAGCAAGUAAGCUUAAAAACAUAUUAGCUAAUAGUUGGGAUUAGCAAGUAAUUAAAAAGUGUAACUGCAGCUGUGUAUGCAAAUAAGUAGCAUGUUUUGAUGAUGAUAUUAUGCUUCUCAAACUAGAAGGUAAGGUAACUUGUACGAAAAAUAAGUUGUAGAAUGAUAAUAACAAGUACAUAGGAAGCGAGUAUAUCAAAUUAUGAACUAGUACAUCAGUAUGCUAGAGAGUGGAUGCUAAACUGGAAAGAAAAGGACUGAGCACAAAAUGAAAUUUCAUUGGGAAAAUGGUGAAAGUUACAAACACCAACCUGCCUGAAUUCUUGCGUUAAAGAUGCCCAGCGCUCUAAUACAAAAAACUAAAAAGUGUUUCUGUAACAAAACCACAAUCCCCAGCGAAUCCUUUCCUCUUUUUCCCAGAAGUCCGUCCCCCCCCCCCCCCCCCCCCCCCCCAAAAAAACAAAUAUGAGCUGAAGAGCUAUUCUUAUAGCGAACAAAAUUGCCCUGUUGCCUCCAUUUCACUGGCUAUUUGGAAGGCUGACUCACUUCUACUGUCACUCUAAGAAUUGGCCAAGUGAAACCACUUCCUAAAGUGUAGUAUAGCGGGUUUGGGUUUAAAUGUCAACCCGGGUCCUAGAUUUGAUGACUACUCGGUGAAUUCUUGUUAUCUAGCAAUGAAACUAACAAACAAACAAAGCAACUAAACGGUUGUUUUCAGGUUAAGAGAGGUCACCCGGAUAUGGUUCCCCCUAGACUGCAGUUAAGCCGGAUUGCAAUUACCAAGUUAAGUUUCUAAGAUAGUUAUACGGCGGAAGGUUCUUAAACAGCCUGAAGUCUCGACUAAAGGUCUUCAGACCCUCUCAAUCUGAGUCUCUAGCGGGCGACUAACCUCCACCGGAGUAAACAGAUUGAGGCCCUAACGAACAAAACCUCCACUACCGAAGUGAAUUCGGUACAGAAUAGUGAGUUGGCUCCUCGACUAAAGUCACCAACUCCCUACCUUCAAUCAAGGAUUCUCUAUCAACCUAGGCAGAUAUUCUCAUUCUAGGUUAAAAGAGAAACAACAGGAAUUUGAUCAGGAUUCAUGCCAUUCAAUCUUUCAAACCUCAAUUGAAUAUAAUCAAAUCAUAGAAUCAGUACUUGGGUUCAUACAAUCAAACCUAACAUACAAAUCUAGGGUUCUCCAUACCCAGAUGAAUGGGAGAACUACUCCAUGGAGAAAGAAGCAAAAGCAAAAUCAAACGUGGAAUUCAUACUGUGAAGGAUGGAUUCCUGCUCCUGAACGUUGAUCGGCACUUCUCCAAGCUCAAGCUGGCCUCCAAUGGUGAUGAAGAUCAAGCUAGGGCACUCGGAGACUCUUGUUCGUCGCUUUCUCUCUCUAGGAAUCGCUCUGUCUCUCUAAAACUUGAAUCCCCUUCUGUUUUGGCUGAAAUUUGCUUAAAAAGGCAUCACUGGGCAAAGCACGGUCGAGGGCACGGCCGUGCUUUGCCUCAGCCAGCCCGUGCUUUGGCUAGUGUUAAUUACACGGCCACCUGUUGGGAGAAACACGGCCGUGCUUUUGGGUGGACACGGCCGUGCUUUGGUGGACACGCCGUGUAAAUUCUCAGCCCUGGCCGUGUUUUCAGCUCGAGUUUGCCAAACUCAAAUCAGCUCUCGGCAGUAAAAGCACGGCCUAGGAACACGGCCGUGUUCUGUUUUAGGUGUGCCCGUGUUUUGGCUCCAGCUCGACGUAAUGACCUCCGAAUGCCCCGAAACUCGUGCUUAGCCUUUCCUUUGACGCCUGGGACCUGAAAUAUGACAAAAUAGCACAACCCGGCGUAAAAUAGGCCAAAAAUACACGACUAUGCCCCUCAAACGGAUAAGAACUAGGGGUGCAAAUAGGUGCAAUUACAUCGUUAUCAAAUUCCCCCAAACUUAACUGUUUGCUUGUCCCCAAGCAAACCUAACUCAAACCAAUGCAACUCUCCAGACCUCUAUAGCAACAAACAACCCAGAUCGUAGGUAGAGGACUUCCUAGAUCAUUUAGCAGCUUACGAGGUCAACCGACGCACAAGUCAUCUCAUAGCUUCUUCGGCGAGAGCACUAGUGUCGAGUCGGCAUCAUGGCAAAUAGUGAACAGAGGACAAAUGAAUCGUGGAUGAAGAGAUUCUAAAAAACAAAGGAUCAUGGA